ACCCGCUUGGGUCCUCAGAGCGAAUGCAACAUGGCUGUCUCCAUGGUGAAGUUCUUGAGACCCUGGAGUCCUGGGGUUCUGCCGGUGAGGUGGACCAGGUACAACCCCUAUUACCUGGAACCCGAGCCCGCUAAGGAGGUGUAUCGCAUCCCCGUCGCGGAGCUCACGGACGAGCAGAAGGCGGCACAGGAGCUGAAAGCCGUGCGACCCAUUAAGGCGGCCCCGCCGGGUCUCACCAGCUCGAUAUUCAGCGACCCCACAGUCAGUAAAUUCGUUAAUAUGAUGAUGCAAGAUGGGGAUAAAGUGCUGGCCAAAUCCAUUAUCACACAGACAUUUGAAAGCAUGAAGAGGAAGCAGGUGGAGAAGUAUCACAAAGCCCCAGCAACAGAGAAGGAGGCGAUUGAGUGUAACCCAUACACUAUCUUCCACCAGGCUCUGCAGAACUGCAAGCCUGUAAUCGGUCUGAUCAGCAUUCAGAAAGGAGGCAAAUACUACCAGGUUCCCACACCGCUGACUGACAGCAGGCGACGCUUCCUGGCAAUGAAAUGGUUGAUCACGGAGUGCCGGGACAAUAAGCAUCGCCGCACCCACAUGUACGAGAAGCUGUCCCAGGAGCUGCUGGCAGCCUUCAUCAACGAGGGCAACGUGAUCAAGAGGAAGCACGACUUGCACAAGAUGGCAGAGGCCAACAGGGCCUUCGCACACUACCGCUGGUGGUAGAGCCUCCAGAACAAUCAGACGGGAACAGUGCUUACCUUAAAGGAGAGGAACUGUAACAAACUGUCACGCCUUCAUCAGAUCUGGAAUCUGCCGUCAGUUUGACUUUUGACUUCCCGCAGCGGAUCAGGUGGAUGUUUCCAUUGUGUCUUAGAGAGAUGUCACCAACGCAACCUUUUUUGAUUUUUACUGCUCUUUGUCUGUUUGGCGGCUGCUGGUUCUGUAGGUCAGCCCUAGCGCCUUUUCUGUCUGGAGCAGUUAGCAGGUGUUUAUUUCUGUUUGCACUGUGUCUUCCAAGUGCAAACAAGUAAGCGCCCUGUGGUGGAGCUGUGUUAUUGCACACCUGCAGAGGUUACAGUGAAGUGUAUGGCUGAAGUGCAGAGGUUACAGUGCAAUUCAGAUUGGAAUAUUUCUUUGAAGAAAACAAAGUUUACUGCUGUCUUUACCAUGCAUGAAGCAUAUAGUGUGUUUUGUUCUUGUUAAUUACCUGAUCUGGACCAGGGGUUUAAUUGCAGUCAAUUUGAGUGAAAAGAACUGAACCAAAACAAAGCGCUCCAGAUAGUAGGUUUGCUGAGCCUCUUUUCUAAGUGGGUAAGAAUAUAAUGCCCACUUUAGUUCCACCACUUGGCAACUCUCUCUAUUAAAACUACUUUGUUGUCUCACAAAAAUAAUCAUUCAGUAGUUGGAAUCUAUUCAAUUAAUUUCCAGUCCUGGAUUGAACAGCCCCUUCAUAAUUCCCUCCCAGGGCAGAAAGAAGCAUGUUCUUGGCUUGGGGAAUGCUCAGAUUCUCAAAGGGACUUUUGUUUCCUUAAGUGAAUGUGGGUCAGUUUAUACAGUCCUGCACUGCACCAGUGGGGAAUGCAGACAGCAAUGCAAACAUAAGGUAGCAAUUUCACAUGCUGUAAAAGUGUUUUUUUUUAAUUAUAUAUACCUUAAUUAUUAAAGAUUAAGUUCU